AUGCAUCGGAUGUUUGAAGACUUGCUUUCUAACAGUGACGAUGACGAAGGAUCUUCAUUCCAUUGGUCCAAAGUGGAUGAGAAUGAAUGGCCUAUUCAUUUGGAACAAUAUCGUAAUCGGAUAGUGGUGAGAUUCUGCGAUUAUACUGGUGAGUUUGUAAGGUUUGUUCGUGAAGCGAGUGCUUAUCGGUUAUGGUCCAAAUCCGAGGGAAGUAAACUGUUUAUUGAUAUAGAAAUGGAACAAGAUGCAUUACCUGAAUUGAUAUCUUCGUUUCAAAAUCUUCCAUAUAAAGUCAUCAUUGAAGAUUUGGCUCAAAGUGUAUUUGAAUCUUAUCCAGAUAAGCAGGAACGAAAGAUGAGGGCCACCACCGAGAAAGAAAUUAAUGAACCUACCUAUCAAAUCACUGAAGAUAUCAUUAGAAUAUCAAAGGAGGAAGGAUUCCAUGCUGCCUCAGAGAUCUUCUUUAAAGAUUAUCGUCCUUUGGAAACCAUUCAAGCUUGGUUAGAUUUAUUGGUCCAAGCAUAUCCUGAAUUAGUUGAACGUCAAUAUCUUGGUGCCACACCUGAAGGAAGAAAAUACGAUCAUAUUCACAUAAGAUCACCUAAUGGAGAACAUAAAGACAAAAGAACAAUUCUUAUCACUGGUGGGACUCAUGCAAGAGAAUGGAUAUCUGUUUCCACUUCACUUUAUGCAAUUUAUGAGAUGGUUAACUUUUAUUCUCAAUACCCUGGACUGGAUGCAGCUCUUCGGUUAGAUUUCAUCAUUGCACCUUUAAUGAACCCGGAUGGUUAUGCUUACACUUGGAGUAACGACAGAUUAUGGAGAAAGAAUAGACAACCCACUGAGUUUAGUGGAUGUGUAGGGAUUGAUAUUGAUCAUUCCUUUGAUUUCCAUUGGACUCAUUCAAGUGAUUGGGCUUGUGGUGAAGAUUACAGUGGUGAAUACGCAUUUGAAGCCAAAGAAUCUUGGUUGUGGUAUCAACACAUGAACACGACGAAAUUCCACCAUAAUAUUUGGGGUUAUGUUGAUCUUCACUCCUAUUCUCAAGACAUUCUCUAUCCUUAUGCAUAUUCAUGCGACGAUCAGCCAAGGGACGAAGAGAAUUUGAUAGAAUUAGCUUAUGGCAUUGCUAAAGCUAUCAGACAACAUUCUGGAGUAUACUAUGAUGUUCUUCCUGCUUGUAUUGACCGUGAUUCUGAUUUGAUUCCUGAUCUUGGAGCGGGCACAGCUUUGGAUUAUAUGUACAAAUAUGGUGCCAUUUGGGCCUUCCAACUUAAAUUAAGAGAUAGUGGUAACCAUGGGUUCCUUUUACCAGCGAAAUACAUUGAACCUGUUGGCUUGGAGACUUGGGAGGGAAUAAGGUAUUUUAUUCGGUUCAUUUUAUCUGAUGACCGCUACAGUUAG